GCUGCAAGACAUUGAGGGCUAAAGACUUGCUUCAUUAAAGCUAGUUUGGAAGCUCUAGCAUGAACCACUUGAUGAUCUUGAGUGCUUUGAUGCUGUGGCCAUGCAGCACUGCCGUUCCACUACUCAAUCCCCAGUCUUCACUAUCCUAUACCAAGGACCUGAAAUUCAUAGAGGGUUACCUUGAUCGUUUUUUCCCACAAAUUCGUAAAGUAAUAAAACUAACCUUAGAAGAACGGAUCAAAAUAAUGCAGAAGUUCUUCCAUUUGACUAUAACUGGGAAGAUAGAUACUGAAACCAUUAAAGUAAUGGAACAGCCCAGGUGUGGAGUUCCAGAUGUCUUGGAAUAUCAGACAUUUCCAGGAAGACCAAAAUGGAAUAAAAAUAUAUUGACAUACAGGAUUAACAACUACACCCCUGAUAUGCCAAAAGACCAGGUGGACAGAGCCAUAGCAAAUGCUGUGAAAGUGUGGAGUGAUGUGACUCCCCUGCAGUUUAAAAAAACCAAUGGACCUGCUGAUAUUGAAAUUCUUUUUGGAUAUAGAGAGCAUGGUGACAAUAUUCCUUUUGAUGGAAGAGGUGGAGUCCUGGCACAUGCUUUUGUUCCUGGAACAGGCCUAGGUGGUGAUGCUCACUUUGAUGAGGAUGAGACCUGGUCAGAAAUUAACAAAGAAAUAAAUCUUUUCCUUGUUGCUGCCCAUGAAUUUGGGCAUUCCCUGGGACUAGCUCACACUAAUGUCCGUGGAGCCUUGAUGUACCCUACCUAUUCCUAUGUGAAUCCAAACACCUUUCGUCUUCCAGAUGAUGAUCGGCGAGGAAUUCAGAGUUUAUAUGGAAGGAGGAGGGCUCUUCGGAAAAAAUAGAACAGCUGUAUUUUGCAUUGAAACCCAUUUAGUUCUCCUUCAGUGAAGAUCUGAGAUUGAACAACUGUCUGACUGUCUGAGAUUCUCUACUGAUUCCUGCACUGAGCAGGGGGAUUAACUGGAUGACCUUGAGGAUACUUUCCAACUCUGUGAUUCCAUGAUUUUACCUGUACAAAUUCAGAAGGAUUUGUGAAAUUUUGAAGCAAGAAUUGUAAAUAUUAUGAACUAUAAUAAUAAAGACUGAAUGAAUGAUUCUAA